UGAAGAACUACAUGUACCAAACUGCUUUGCUACACCUGAACCUUGAUAGAAUCCAUAUGUUUCUCAGUGAACAACUGCUGACAUCUACACACUAGAACAGCCUAACUGCUGUUUUCUAUCAAUCUUGGGCGACUAAGAGUCCUCGGGCCGCACACAACUCUACCUGAAGUCGUGCACAGAGAGAGAAGCAGGAAGGUUCGAUUGGACUAAGUUGUACAGUCAUGUUUGCUCUUAGCUUCUUCCUGUUGGCUGAACUGCUAUGUCAGAGUUUGGGUCAAUACGAUUACUAUGACGAACACUACGUCCCCUCCGCACCAUUGGAGGUACUAUCAUCUCCCACUUGUGCCCAGGAGUGCGAAUGUCCCCACACCUUCCCCACAGCCAUGUACUGCAACGAGCGCAACUUGAAGUUCAUCCCUAUCGUGCCGAGUGGCAUCAAAUACCUCUACCUACAGAACAACCAUAUUGAGGAGAUCAAGGCUGGCGUGUUCGAUAACGCCACCGACCUUCGCUGGCUCGUUCUCGACAACAACAACAUCGCCAGCGACAAGAUACAAGCCGGUACCAUUGAUAAACUGAGCAAACUGGAGAAGCUCCUCUUCAGUUAUAAUAAGCUGACCAAACCCCCUGGUCCUCUUUCGAAGUCUCUGGAUGAGUUGAAGUUGAUCAGCAACCAGCUGAGCUCGUUCCCUGCUAGCACCUUGUCUGGGAUGGAAAACCUGACCACCCUCCACCUGUCCAAGAACAAGUUGACCACCGAGAGCAUCACAGGUGCCUUCAAAAGCCUGAAGUCCCUCGUUCUGCUGGACGUGAGCGAGAACAAGCUCAAGAAACUUCCCUCGGGAGUUCCACCUUCGCUUUUGAUGCUCUACGCCGACAAUAACGAAAUAGACAGCAUUCCUAAUGGCUACCUGGCCAAGCUGCCGGCCCUGCAGUACCUGCGUGUCUCUCACAACAAGCUGGUGGACUCUGGAAUCCCUGCAGGUGUGUUCAACGUGUCUUCUCUCCUUGAGCUCGACCUGUCUUUUAACAAGCUGAAGAGCAUCCCGGAGAUCAACGAAUCACUUGAGCAUCUGUACCUGCAAGUCAACGAGAUAAACAAGUUUGACCUGACAAAUAUCUGCAAGUUCAGCUCCCCGGUCAACUACUCUCAACUGAGGACCCUACGCUUGGAUGGAAACAACAUCAAACACAGCAGUAUGCCAGAUGACACAGCUAACUGCCUACGCCAGGCCUCAGAGAUCAUCUUUGAUUAAAGUCACAUCUCGCCAGUAGUUUAUCAAACACAUUAAGGCUAUUGCUCCUAUUAGACACUCUGAUUGACAUCUGCACGUCUUUAUUCAUGAUUCUGGCAACCACAUCUGUUUACAUGCACGUUGACGACAAUAUUUUCUCUCUAAAAUGUUGAUGAACACAUCUGUAUGAAAAAUGGGCAGCAGUAGUCUGGGAUCUUGAAAAUCUGGCACAUAAAAUAUCAGUCUUGUAUGGUACUGUAUGAAGAGUAGUAGUCGAAUUAGACAAGAUAUUCCCAUCUAAAGAAAGACAUAUUUGUGCAAAUUGUGAAUAGCCCAGUGUGCACUCCAUAAAAAGUUGCACUAUAUGUCAUCUAUUUUAAUAUUUCCGCAUGUUAAAUACCUUAAUCAUUCAAAAUUGUAAUCAUGUUACUAAUGAGCCUGCCGGUAAGGAAAUUAUAUUGUUUAGAGUACAAUUUAUGGAUAAUAACCAUCUAAUUGUAUAUAAAAUUGCUAAAUGUGCUGCAAUGUUGAA